GUUCUGGACUCAUCUCUCUCUCUCUCUCCCUCUCUCUCUUCAAAUGAAAGCAACCAACUUUGGGACAUGACAACAACAGGAACCUCCGAACGGCUACAUUUCACCUUUCCCUCCCUUUUUGCAAACGCAAGAAACGAUGAAAGCGCCCACUUCUUCGGAUUGGUCCCCAUCUCUCUCUCUCUCUCUCUAUCUCUAUCUCUAUCUCUCCCUUUCUUCACGGUCCAAUUCGCUUACAUAUUCCUCAAUCCCGCAGAUCUCGCAACCCCAUGAGAUGCGCAAAGACAGGGGACUCGACGAGGAGAAAAGACAAAGGAGAGAGAAAGACUUUCGUUGGGGGGGGGUUUGUCUCGCCUUUUCCGCAGAUGCAAUGCAUGUCCCUUCCUGCAAAAAGGCGGGGCCUUUCACCCCCAUACAUGAUCGUUUCCUGAUGCGGGUCGAUCGUCGUUUCGCGUGAUUCGAUCCGAUGCGGUCGAGGUGUCGCGGCUAAUGGGCUGCAUAUGCGCGAAGCAGGUGGGCCGGAGGCCGGCAUCGCCCGGCUCAGGGUUCUUGACCGGAGCAGGUACCGGUACCGGGUCGUCGAAGAUCCAGUCCGGUUUGUUCGAAUUCGAGAAGAGCAAUGCGAAGAAACCCGAGUGUCGUGGCGGGGAAUUGAGGAAGUCGGAGGAAAAGGGUUCAUUGAGCAGAAGGUUGAGAUUGGAGUUGGAAUUUUCGCAUAGGUAUGUGGAAGCCGAACAAGCGGCCGCCGGAUGGCCUUCUUGGCUCACUGCCGUUGCUGGUGAAGCAAUUCAAGGAUUGGUUCCUCUUAGAACAGAUUCUUUCGAGAAAUUGGAGAAGAUAGGACAAGGCACAUACAGCAGUGUUUUCCGAGCAAGAGAGUUGGCAAAUGGAAGGAUGGUUGCUCUUAAAAAAGUCCGGUUCGACAAUUUUCAACCGGAGAGCAUUCAAUUUAUGGCACGAGAAAUAUCAAUCCUCCGCAGGCUUGAUCAUCCAAAUAUUAUGAAACUGGAGGGCAUAAUCACUUCGCGAUUGUCGAAUAGCAUGUAUCUUGUGUUCGAAUACAUGGAGCAUGAUCUUUCUGGGCUAAUAUCUUCUCCUCAGAUCAUGUUCAGUGAUGCCCAGGUCAAAUGUUAUAUGAAGCAGCUUUUAUCGGGAAUGGAGCACUGCCACCUACACGGAGUGAUUCAUCGAGACAUAAAGGCUUCGAACAUUUUGGUGAACAAUGAGGGGAUUCUGAGAAUAGGAGAUUUCGGACUGGCUAAUAUUCUUAAUUCAAAGAACAGGCAGCAACUCACCAGUCAUGUUGUUACAUUGUGGUACCGUCCUCCUGAGCUUCUCAUGGGUUCCACAAGCUACGGGGUGACUGUGGAUCUGUGGAGUGUUGGCUGUGUAUUUGCAGAACUUCUGUUGCGAAAACCUAUUCUCAAAGGGAGAACAGAGGUUGAGCAAUUGCACAAAAUUUUUAAGCUUUGUGGUUCCCCACCCGAUGGCUACUGGAAAAUGUCUAAGAUACCCCAUGCGACCAUCUUUAGACCCCGCCAUUCCUAUGAACGCACUCUGCGAGAGAGAUGCAAAGGCAUUGCAACCAGUGCAGUGAACCUGAUGGAGACUUUUCUUUCCAUAGAACCACACAAGCGUGGAACUGCUUCAAGUGCGCUCAUAUCCGAGUAUUUCAAAACAAAACCAUAUGCAUGUGAUCCAUCAAGCUUGCCGAAGUAUCCUCCUAACAAAGAAAUUGAUGCUAAACAACGAGAGGAGGCACAGAGGAAAAAGGCUCGUUCUAGAGUACGAGAAACCGAAGUAGGGAAAAAGCCAACAAGAGUCCAUAGAGCUUCACAAGAGCAGGAUGUUUCCAGUAAGGUAGCUCGAAAAGAGGAGUCGCAAGGCCAGACUCAGUUUGCUCGGAGAAAUCACACGAGAAGUAGCCUGAAGGGAGAAGUUGAUGUUACAUGUAGAGAGCCGCUGAAGUCAUCUUUAGAUGCCUCGACAAUUUCUGAAGCGAUGGACACAUCUCAAGGACGGAGUAUUUUAUCAGGUCCAACACAAAUCAGCGCAUCAAAUGGAUUUGCAUGGGCGAGAAGGCGAAAAGAUGAUUCUGCUCUGAAUAGGUCAUAUAGUAGGUCCAGCUCCAGAAGCCAAGUUAGUGCACUCGAUUCAUCAAGCAUCGCGUUCGAACCCCACGCCACGGGCGCAAACGGAACUGCAAUGCAUGAACUGCGGAAACUUGGAAUCGAGCUUGAUCAGCAUGAUUCCUUUGAAGCACUUGUGUUGACAGCUAAGGCGUCCCGAUCUGAAGUCGAAGUGACGAAAUGAGUAAACUGAGAAUGAUACUUGAAGUUGGGCGUCGACAAAGUGGUCACGGACAUUGACAAGGUAGUUCUAGUCAUGAUUGUGGCCAAGGUAGUGUUACAGCCAUCGAUUAGCCAUUGAUUGAAGUAGUACUCAAUGCCGAUGGACCGUCGUCAAAAUGUUCAGCCAACCUGCCGUCGACAGAAAUCGAAUUUCCAGUUGGCUAUGAGCUGUUGAUAUCGGGACAUCGAUGGGGUAGAUUCAAUGAAAGAACAAGAUUUCUUCAUACGUUUCUAUAAUCUAAGGAAAUUACCUUCAAUAUUCAGGCAAGGGUGUUUGCAACACCCUUAAUUUUCAAUUUGAAUGCUCUUCAUAUGAAUGCAACCAAUUUUCCUCUGGAUUUCUCUAUGGAUUAGGAUGUAAGUGUAACCAAGCUUCAUUUCAAUCAAACGCUUUAUCCUUUUUCUUUCU